GUUUGUGUGUGUGUAAAAGUGUACGACUCUGUGAUACACACAGGUUCACUGAGUGAUUUAUGAUCUUCCUGGAUUUGUCAGGAGUGCACCAAAUACCUCUCCCUCGGGCCUCUGCUUGCAGGGGGAGGAGUAAGCGUUCCUCUCGUCUUCCUUACAGUCUCUCCCUGGUGAGAUCCUCUCUCUGUGAUUCAGGAGCAGUUCUGACUUGCAGGAGAGCUGAGGUGAAGUGCAACAAGAACAAGUAAAAGACUGGAGAGGGGAGAACUGGAGACCAGGCUGCUCCGGUUGUACAGUAAGAGGGUGAAAGUGUGUGAGAUUGUGAAAGCCAUGUCUGCGUUGGUGAGGAGAGCACUGGGGAGGAGGUGUCACUAUUACGGUCUGCUGGCUCGCACCAGGCACUGGAGGCAGGGCCGCUCACGUAGCCGGAGCAGAGCAGCCAACAAGGAGUUGCCUUCUGAGCGGGUGGGCCGUCGGCGCAGCAUGCCAGGCACGGCUACCAUGGACAAAGCUUCGUCCACGAUCGAGGAGGCCUCGUCUGCCGCCAUGAGAGUCACGGGUUUUCUGAGCCGAAGGUUGAAAGGCUCCAUCAAACGCACCAAGAGCCAACCCAAGCUCGACCGCAACAGCAGCAUCAGGAACAUCCUCCCGGCCUUCAAGAACGCCGACAAUGACAGAUCCCAUCUGAUGCCGAGGCUGAAAGAGUCAAGGUCUCACGAGUCGUUGCUAAGUCCCAGCAGUGCAGUGGAAGCUCUGGAUCUCAGUAUGGAGGAGGAAGUGCUCAUCAAGCCCGUACACAGCAGCAUCCUGGGACAGGACUUUUGUUUCGAGGUAACUACAUCAACAGGAAGUAAAUGCUUCUCUUGUCGGUCAGCAGCAGAGAGAGAGAAAUGGAUGGAGAACCUCAGGCGAGCCGUGCAUCCCAACAAGGAUAACAGUCGGCGAGUAGAGAAUAUGUUAAAAUGUUGGAUUAUUGAAGCCAAGGACUUGCCAGCCAAGAAAAAGUAUUUCUGUGAACUGUGUCUGGAUGACACGCUUUAUGCUCGGACUACCUGCAAGCUCAAAACAGACAAUGUUUUCUGGGGUGAACACUUUGAGUUCAACAAUCUGCCACCGGUCAAAAGCAUCACCGUGCACCUUUACAAAGAGACGGAUAAGAAGAAGAAGAAGGACAAAAACAACUAUGUAGGCCUGGUGAACAUUCCAGUGGGUGCAGUGACGGGACGGCAAUUUGUGGAAAAGUGGUACGCGGUCAGCACACCCAACCCCAGCAAGGGCAAAGCCCCGGGGCCUAUGGUGCGCAUGAAAUGUCGUUACCAGAGUAUGAGCAUCCUCCCUAUGGAGCUGUACAAAGAGUUUGCUGAGUACAUCACCAACAACUACAUGCUCCUUUGCUCAGUGCUCGAGCCAGCAAUCAGCGUCAAGAGCAAAGAGGAGAUGGCCUGUGCACUCGUGCAUAUUCUCCAGAGCACUGGCAAGGCUAAGGACUUCCUGACCGAUCUGAUGAUGUCAGAGGUAGAUCGCUGUGGCGACAAUGAGCACCUGAUCUUUCGGGAGAACACUCUGGCCACCAAAGCCAUCGAAGAAUAUCUCAAACUGGUGGGCCAGAAGUACCUACAGGACGCUUUAGGUGAGUUCAUCAAAGCACUGUACGAAUCAGAUGAAAACUGCGAAGUGGAUCCAUCCAAGUGUUCCACCAGUGACCUGGCCGAGCACCAGGGCAAUCUGAAGAUGUGCUGUGAGCUCGCUUUCUGCAAGAUCAUCAACUCCUACUGUGUGUUCCCACGUGAGCUGAAGGAGGUGUUUGCGUCCUGGAGGCAGGAGUGCAGUAACCGCGGCCGGCCGGACAUCAGCGAGCGUCUGAUCAGUGCCUCUCUCUUCCUGCGCUUCCUGUGUCCUGCUAUCAUGUCCCCGUCGCUCUUCGACCUCAUGCAGGAAUUUCCUGACGACCGCACAGCGCGCACGCUCACCCUCAUCGCCAAGGUCACGCAGAACCUCGCCAACUUCACCAAGUUUGGCAGUAAGGAGGAGUACAUGUCCUUCAUGAACCAAUUCCUGGAGCAUGAAUGGACCAACAUGCAGCGCUUCCUGCUGGAGAUCUCCAACCCAGAGACCAUCUCCAACACAGCAGGCUUUGAGGGCUACAUUGACCUGGGCAGAGAGCUCUCCACUCUCCACUCGUUACUAUCUGAAGCUGUCGCUCAGCUCGACCAGAGCACGGCGACUAAACUGGGGCCUUUGGUACGGAUCCUGAGGGAUGUAAAUGUGGCCCUGACUAAUCCCACCGGAGUGCCAAUGUCCUCCCCUACAGAGCGUGUGGGUUCUCCCAGCAUGCCCGGCUGCAGCGUCUCAACCGGUCUACACAAGUUAGUCAUGGACUCGGAGCUUGGCGGGUUGGUGGAUUUCACCCGUCUGCCCUCUCCAACUCCGGAGAACAAGGAUCUGUUCUUUGUGACCAGGGCCUCUGGAAUCCAGGCAUCUCCAGCUCGCAGCUCCAGCUAUUCAGAGGCCAAUGAGCCAGAUAUGCAGAUCUCCAAUGGCAGCAAGAGCCUGUCCAUGGUGGACUUACAGGACAGCAGAAGUGUUGAGAGCAGCGCCAAUACAGUGUCCAGUGACCCUACCAAUGACACCCAGGGCACCGGUGCAUGGGCUGUCCGUACUCUGAAAGGUGGCACAGCUGGAGGCCCUACCCUGAGGAAAAGUGGACAAACACCCACUACACCAGGCAUAGAGACUGCUCCAGGCCGGCCACAGCUGCUAGCACCGCUCUGCUUCCAGAAUCCCGUGUACCAGAUGGCAGCUGCUAUGCCAGUGUCUCCACGUGGCACAGCUGAUUCGGGUUCAGAAUGCCAAAGCUCCACCGGCUCCCAGGGCAAUCCUGAGGACGUGGCCACACUAGGGAUCAAGCCCACAUUCAUCACACAAGCCAGCAUGGGCACAGGGUCUGGAAGUGGAGGAGCAGGAGCAAGUAACAGUGAUGACUUUGCGAGACGUUCUGGUGAGUUUACACGAAGACAGAUGUCCCUGAACGAAACUCAACACCAAUCUAACAUCCCAAGACAGAACAGCUCUGGUCCACAGAGGCGGAUUGAUCAGCCUCCUCCACCCACAGUCACUCGAGGACGUACUCCUCCCAGCAUGCUCAACACUGCACAGUAUCCACGGCCCUCUAGUGGAAGCAUGAUGUCAUCGUCGUCUCCUGAUUGGCCCAGCAACGGAGCCAGGCUGAGGCAACAGUCUUCGUCCUCUAAAGGAGACAGUCCCGAGAACAAACAACGCACAAUGCACAAACAGGCCCCAUCUCCAGUGAAUCCCAGCGCUCUGGACCGCACUGCUGCAUGGCUGCUAAAUAUGAACGCACAGUAUCUAGAGCAGGAGGGAAUUGACCCAGAUUCCAAACACAGGGAAGACCUCCUCAACAAGGAUGAGCUCAGCCAGGCUGAAAAGUAUCAACAGGAGAUCAGCAUGCUGCAGGACCGUCUCCGGCUGGCCUUGAAGAAGCUUGAGGAAUACGAGUCGCGUCUGCAGGCCCAGGACGAUCAAACGCAGAAGAUGCUGCUGGAGUACCAGGCUCGACUGGAGGAUGCUGAGGAGCGACUGCGCAGGCAGCAAGAGGACAAAGAAUUGCAGAUGAAAAGCAUCAUAACCAGGUUAAUGUCAGUUGAGGAGGAGCUGAAAAAAGACCAUGCAGAUAUGCAGUCCAUUGUUGACUCCAAACAGAAGAUCAUUGAAGCUCAGGAGAAGCGGAUAGCUUCUCUGGAUGCGGCUAACGCUCGCUUGAUGAGCGCUCUGUCUCAGCUGAAGGAACGCUACAGCAUGCAGACGCGCAACGGCAUCUCGCCCACCAACCCCAGCAAACUGCAGAUCACCGAGAACGGCGAGUUCCGCAACAGCAGCAACUGCUAACAAGGGAACAAAACCCUGUUGGGUACAAGGGCUACGGGUAAAAUAAAGAAAUAUAUAAAUAAAUAAAUCGUUUAAUAAACACACGGUGGAAUACAAGCUGGACUCUCUGGGAUUAAAACAGACUGGCAGAACCUGUGCGACUUUUGGCAUUAGAAUGACUUUCAGAAGGACUGAUGGACGUUUAAUCUGUCUUACAUUUAUUAGUAGUACAAAAUAAGCAGAAAACCAGAUGUGUGAAACCUAGUGAUCAGAUCAGCUUUUAUUAGUAGACAUAAUGUCUGUUGUAUGCUUCGUUGAUGCUUACGUGUGUUUUUAUAUGAACAAGCCAAGCAAAGACGACAAACUGGGUGACUGAAGACUGAACUUGGUUGUGAAAGUGUGCUUUUAAUUUGAAAGUUUGCUAGUGAGCAGCACGCUAAUAAUACAAAUUAUUAUUAUUAUUAUUAUUAUUAUUAUUAUUAUUAUUAUUAUUAUUAUUAUUAUUAUUAUUAUUAUUAUUACUUGUCGAAGCACUUUAUUUAAGUGUUUUUGAUUUAUUUAAUUAGGCCAAAUGGUUCUUUUUUGAUAUAUUUGUACAUGGUCAUGUAUUUACAACUUUUUUUUUUAUGUCUCAAAGCUACCAGAGCUAACAGUAGCACAAAACCUUUUAAAAUUUUUUUUGUGUGUGUUGUUAAGAUGUCUGUAUUUCUUUUUUCUCCCUAUUUUUGUACAUAGAUUUAUUUUAAGUUGGUUUGUAUCGUUGAUGUACAUAAAACAUACACUAUGGUUUUAUUUUUUAUUUUAUUCUUUUUUAUUUUAGCAGAGCAGAGGGAUAUUUUGUACAGUGUAUAUUCCUGUUCCUGUGUUCAGUUCCUCAGUUCUGUGUUCAACGUGUCAGGCUUCAGAUGUAAAUUCAGGUGCGGCUUUUAGAAACGGCAACGUGCGGAGAAACUUUGCUAUGCUGUGGCGUGGGUAGAGGGGAAAAAAAAUCAACGACAAAACAAAUUAAAAUAAAACGCUUAGCGGUGUUGUUCUUGUGUAGGGAGAAAAGAGACAUAAUUUGCCCUGGAUUUAAUGCAUCAAUUCUGAACCAUUAUGCACUUUCUAGCAGUAGGCAUAUGCUCGUUAACCAAAAAAAUAAAAUAAAUAAAUAAGCAUACACACCCAACAUGUUGUAAAUGAGGCAAAUUAAACGUCAAGUGAGGAAAUGAAGAAGGCCGCACGUAUUUUUAGGCCCCUUCAGGUCCCGCUUGUGUUCUUUGAACGCAGCAUGACAUGAACCAUUUAGGAGUGUUUGUGUCUUCUGCAGACUCGCACCAAGAGUUUUUAGCCAAGGUUGAACUGGAAUUUCUGACGUUUUUUUUUUAAUGGUAUUUAUAUGAGAAAAUGAACAAAAACAUGGGGGGGGGGGACAACAACAAAAUCUUUAUGGAUUCCUUAGAAUUGAUUUCCCAACCCGAGGUGUAAUUAUGAAUUUGUGUUUUAUUUAUGAUUUUAAUUUAUCUCCAAGGUCAUUUCUUUUAUUUAUUUCAGUGUGCAAUUUGUUCCACUGGCUCCGAACCGUUUCAGAACGUUUGUGUUUAUUGAGAUGUGAAUGAUAUGAUGGAUGUCAGGUAGCUGAGAUUCACACACACUGGAUUCUCAGUAUUGCAGGACUUUCACUGUUCUUAUAAGUGGUCUUAAAAGUUCACCUUCCCUUACAUUAAACGCCCUUCCCUUCCGUACAUCCCUAAUCUACUAAGCUUGAUACGUAAAUAUUUUGUUUACAAAGACAAGAAAUUGUGUUAUAUAUAAAAAAUAUAUAAUAAUAAUUAUAAUUAUAUGAUAUAUAAUAUAUAUAAAGGACGUUGCACAUAAGCUUCCUCUGUCCUGUUUCCCAGGUGAAGGCAAUAGUACCACACACACACACACACACACACACACAUACAUACACACACAGAGGCCAUAAGGUAUUUUAGUGAUCCUGUUCUGCCACCUUGUGCACCGUGUCUUCUUUGACAAGGUAAAGCAGGCUUUCUCUGUCUGUUAUUCCCUCUCUGGCAUGCAAAAAAGCUCAACAUUCUUUCUUUCUUUUUUUUUCUAACAUCUCACAAAGCCUUUUCUAUGUAUGUUUAAGAGUAAAAACUCGCUCCGUGUAAAUACAUCAAGAGGAAAAAAAUAAACAUACUAGUAUAUGGAGAGUCACUUGUGUUAAAGAGAAUGUUCAGUGCAAUUCAUGUACAAUUGCUACUAGAAUUAUUAAAGUUUAUUUAGCUAUUUCAAUGU